GUCGAGGCCGUGGUGAGGCCGGUGGAGCGCGUGAAGGGUGACCUUGUGCGGCACGGCAAGAAAAUCCUGCCCGGCUGAUUGCGCUCGCUGCUGAGAGAGAAACAAUUUGGAGUUGGGAUGCGAAGGACUUGGAGGCCAGAAAAUGCACCCCAGUCCCUCGCUGGUGCCCAGAAACCAUCGCCGGAGGAUGCAGGAGAUGGAAAGCGUCCCUCCAAAGCCGAGAUGCCUUCAGGGGAACGUCGCGGUGGCUCUGCCGGCUGAUUGCCUUCUCGGUACCGUCCACGAGAAGGAAUUUGGCAGCAGGGAAGGAGGUGCAUCAACAUUGGAAGCCAAUUCCAAGCGGAGCUUCCAGACCUCCAGGACCCAGCCCGUUUGGAAGAGGAGGAAGAGGGAGCGUCGCUGGUGUGGAAGCCCUGGGGCGACGUGGAAACCAACCCGGAGACGCAGGAGAAAGUUAGAAACCUGCUCCAUUUGGCGUCUCCCAAGGGCGGGCCGGGGGGCCGGGUCAACGCGGAGCUGGCUCUGCAUUGCCUGCACGAGGCUCAAGGCGACGUGCUGGAGGCGGCGGAGAUGCUGCGUGCUGGGCCGCCUCGGAGACCCGAGUCCCAUCCCCUGGCUGAUUAUCAUUACACAGGCUCGGAUACUUGGACACCGGUGGAGGAGCAAUUGUUUAAAGAGGCUUUUUACCUCCAUAAGAAGAAUUUUCGCCUCAUACAGAAGCAGAUCCAGACUAAAAGCGUGUCUCAGUGUGUUGAAUAUUAUUACACCUGGAAGAAAAAAACCCGUUUUGGCUGCACUCGGCCUCGCCUGA